AUGGGCAGUGUAGGGAGACUGAGGAGGUCCUCCAUGAUGACUCAGCUGGUUAGCGCCAUCCAGCUAGAUGAAGUGGAGAUGGAGGUCAACAACCCUCACCAAGAGGUCAAAGAGCCACAGACGUACAGUGUGGAGGAAGAGGUGGAGACCAUCGGCUUUGAUCACUUCCAUGUUCUGUUGUUCAUCAUCAUGGGAUUAACAAAUAUAGCGGAGGCAAUGGAGUUCAUGUUUCUGGCCGUGGUGUCUUCUGAGAUCCACUGUGAGUGGCAUCUGGACGACUGGGAGGUGGCUCUGGACUCCACGGUGGUGUUUGCGGGGUUCAUGGUGUGUGGGUUGUUUAGUGGAUACGUGGCUGAUAGAUGUGGACACUGGAAGUGGCCAGUCUGA